UCGAUUUAUUUUAUGCUGCACGUUAUUUUAAAAGACAAGGCCGUGAGCGGUGAGAAAUCGAAUCACUUCCGGUUCCGGCGUCGCUUGUUGUUUGCGUCCGAACAGAGCGGUGUCGACUCUCAAAGAUUCAUUCGAUUCGCUCGAUGAAUUCAACAGACGCACGCCUGUUCAAAACAAACGCACGAAUGAAUCGAUUCCCUCUCGGAAAUGACUCCCAACAGCAACUUCGUCUUGUGUAGUUCAGUUUGGAAAAGAAGAAACGGGGCACGAAGAAAGUAGAUUAAACGGCUAAAAGUGUGUUCGCGCGUUUUUUCAGCGCAGAUGUGUGCGGUCUGAGGCGAUCUUUGAUGCGAUCUGCAGGCGCAGGAGUCAAAUCAAUGCUCAGCCCGCACUGAAGCAGGCCCAGAUCCAGCACAAGGCUUAAACGCGUUACUGUAAGAUGUCGUCUCUGGAGGAGUAUGAGCGGCAUUACGCCUCUCUAAACUCCGAGUCUGGAUGUGAAUCAGUCGGCGGAAGAUCAUCAACAUCUGGAGCUUUCAGCGGAGAAGAGGAGAGACUGCAUUACAUCCCCAUCCGAGUGCUGGGAAAGGGCUCUUUCGGAGAAGCGACUCUGUACAGACGCACUGAGGAUAACUCUCUGGUGGUGUGGAAGGAGAUCGAUCUGAACUGUCUGUCGGACAAGAAGCGCAGAGAUGUGAUGAACGAGAUCAGCAUCCUAUCCAUCCUGCAGCACAACAACAUCAUCGCCUACUUUAACCACUUCAUGGACAAGAACACGCUGCUGAUCGAGCUGGAGUACUGCAACGGUGGAAACCUCUACGACAAGAUCAACCAGCAGAAGGGAGCGCUCUUCAAGGAGGAGGUGGUUGUGUGGUACUUAUAUCAGAUCGCCGCUGCCGUCGCUCACAUCCAUAAAGCCGGCGUCCUGCACAGGGACAUCAAAACGCUGAACAUCUUCCUCACCAAAACCAACCUGAUCAAGCUGGGCGACUAUGGCUUGGCCAAGAAGCUGGGCUCCGAGUAUUCAAUGGCUGAAAGUUGUGUCGGUACGCCGUACUACAUGUCUCCUGAACUGUGUCAGGGAGUGAAAUACAACUUUAAAUCAGACAUCUGGGCCAUGGGCUGUGUCUUAUUUGAGCUGCUGACCCUCACCAGGACCUUUGAUGCCACCAAUCCUCUGAACCUGUGUGUGAAGAUCGUCCAGGGCAACUGGACCAUGGAGAUCAACUCGGACGCUUAUACGUCUGACCUCAUCAAGCUGGUGUACGAGUGUUUAGAUCAGGACCCUGAGAAAAGGCCGACAGCGGAGCAGGUUCUAGAGCAGCCCGUCAUCUCUCGUGUGAGAGCAGAGCUGGAGGAGAGGGUGACGGCGCUUAAUUCAGCCAUCAAGAAACCCAAGUUGAGCACGGUGACGGAGACGCCGGUGGCGGUGGUGACGACGCGCUCGCGGGAGGUGUAUUUCUGGGGCGGAGGGAAGUUCACUCCUCAGAAGCUGGACAUGUUUAAGGGCGGCAGCAGCGCUCAGCACGUCUGCGCUGGAGAAACACACUUCGCUGUGGUGACCGUCGAGAAGGAGCUGUACACCUGGGCCAGCGUUCAGGGAGGAGCCAAGAUGGUGGGUCAGCUGGGUCACGGCGACCAGGCCUCGUACCGCCAGCCGCGGAGAGUGGAGCGUCUGCAGGGCAAAGCCAUCCAACAGGUGUCCUGCGGAGCCGACUUCACCGCCUGCGUCACCGACGAGGAUCAGAUGUACAUGUUCGGCUCUGAUUACUACGGCUGCAUCGGUGUGGAGAACGAGCUGGGCAUGGAGGUGCUGGAGCCGGUUCUGCUGGACUUCUUCCAGGAGCGUCCGGUGCGACAGGUGUCCUGCGGGGACAAUCACGUGGUGGCGCUGACCCGCGCCGGGGACAUCUACUCCUGGGGCUGCGGAGAGCACGGUCGACUCGGGCUGGACUGUGAGGACGAUUUCUCCUCUCCAAUGCAGGUCAGAGACCCUUCUUUCUUCAUAGCACUCAUAUUUUGUGUGUGUGUGUGUAACGAGCUCAACAAGCUGGGUCUGAAUCAAGGCAUCACUGGAAUCAAAAACCACCCGGGGGAAGGUUAUCAGGGGAUCCCAUACACCACCACCCUCACGCUGGUCAAGCAGCUCUCGCGCUUCAAGAUCCAGUUCAUCGCUCCGGGAAAGACGCACACCGCCGCUAUAGACGAGCGUGGCCGUCUGAUGACCUUCGGCUGUAAUAAUUUUGGGCAGCUGGGAGUGAAGGACUUCAAGAAGCACCAGGGUGUUCAGAUCCUCGUGGGGCCCUUCGGAGGAAAGUUCGUCACCAAGGUUUCUUGUGGAGACGGCUUCACUAUCGCCGCCACCGAGGGUGAGUGGCAGGAGCUCAAAAACACUCUUGCGCACGAGUUUGUGUGAAACCUCUUGAUUUCAAGGCUUCUGUUGAAAAUCCGUUUUGUAGGCUAAUCUAAAUUAUCCUUACACAUGAAUUUCUUUACAAUCUAAAUGAAAGAGUUGUAGCAGAUAGAGAAGGGGAAGCAUCAUCCAGAGUGAUAUUUUAG